AUGGAGAUCAAAGUAAGUGAUAUGACUGCAUCCCUUCCACUUUAUGUUGUAGUUUUCUAUUUUAAUUAUAACAAUGUAGGGUAGUAGAAAUGUGAGGGAUCAGGGAUGUGCUCUUUGGUCUUUUUAACAAUGUAUACUGUAGUAGUCGUCAUGUGGAGGCUGAAGCUUUGUUUUCAACAAUGUAUGGUAAUGUGAGUAUGUUUUCCAUUACGUUCCAUAGGAUUCACCUGUGAAGGGAGGUAUCUCUAUACUUCACACAGAGGAGAAUGGGAAACACCACUAUGAAGUGGAGAAGGUCCUCAAAUUCAAGAAAGAAGGACAAGGAGGAGGAGCCUUCGCCAGGUAAGCUCUGAUAACCUCUCUGUUUAUCUAUGAAGAAUUUGAAUAUACUUUAGGUUGCAACCUUUAAAAAAUAUGUUUCAUCAGGGGAGGGUUGGAGGAUUUGGAUAGAGGAGUUGAGAAAUAGUUGGGGGAAACAGGAGGGACUUCCCAUAUUGUAAAACUCCUUUAUGAUGUAAGAAAAUCGUUUUUGAUCUAAUGUCCAAUGAUUUUACAGUGGUGAGGUCACAGAGUGAUUUAAUUAGGUAAUUCCACCCCUGAAUGUAAUAAAAAAGCUGUAUUAUUUUUCUCCAGGUCUGUGUAGAUUGAACCACCAGGUCUGUGUAGAUUGAACCACCAGGUCUGUGUAGAUUGAACCACCAGGUCUGUGUAGAUUGAACCACCAGGUCUGUGCAGUGCCAGAUUAAGAAAUCAUAGGCCCCAGGGCUUUGCUUUUUUAUAGUUCCCCUUUUUAAAAAUCUGCCUUUUAAAAACGCAUUUCAUGCAAUUCUACAUCAUUUACAUGACAAAAGACAUUAGCUGAAUCUUUUUUAAUAACACACAAAUGACCGAAAUGAGUGGCUACUCUGACAGUGACAAACUGAGAUCAAUCUGGUCUUGAAUUCAAGCAAACAAUAGCCCAGGCCAAUGAAGCGACACAAAGAUUGUACAGUAUCAUGAGGCAGUGUACACUACCAGUCAAAAGUUUGGACACACCUACUCAUUCAAGGGUUUUUCUUUAUUGUUUCUAUUUUCUACAAUGUAGAAUAAUAGUGAAGACAUCAAAACUAUGAAAUAAUACAUAUGGAAUCAUGUAGUAAUCUAAAACGUGUUAAACAAAUCGACAUAUAUUGUAUAUUUGAUAUUCUUCAAAUAGCCACGCUUUGCCUUGAUGACAGCUUUGCACACUCUUGACAUUCUCUCAACCAGCUUCACCUGGAAUGCUUUUCCAACUGUCUUGAAGGCGUUCCCACAUAUGCUGAGCACUUGUUGGCUGCUUUUCUUUCACUCUGCCAUCCGACUCAUCCCAAACCAUCUCAAUUGGGUUGAGGUCGGGGGAUUGUGGAGGCCAGGUCAUCUGACAGCACUCCAUCACUCUCCUUCUUGGUAAAAUAGCCCUUACACAGCCUGGAUGUGUGUUGGGUCAUUGUCCUGUUGAAAAACAAAUGAUAGUCCCACUAAGCCCAAACCAGAUGGGAUGGCGUAUUGCUGCAGAAUGCUGUCGUAGCCAUGCUGGUUAAGUGUGCCUUGAAUUCUAAAUAAAUCACAGACAGUGUCAUCAGCAAAGCACCCCCCACACCAUAACAGCUCCUCAUCCAUGCUUUACGUGGGAACUGCACUUGAAGAAACGUUCAAAGUUCUUGACAUUUUCCGGAUUGACUGAACUUAAUGUCUUAAAGUAAUGAUUAACUCCCGAGUGGCACAGUGCUCUAAGGCACUGCAUCGCAGUGCUAGCUGUGCCACUAGAGAUCCUGGAUUGAAUCCAGGCUCUGUCGUAGCCGGCCGCGACCGGGAGACCCAUGGGGUGGCGCACAAUUGGCCCAGGGUAGGGGAGGGAAUGGCCGGCAGGGAUGUAGCUCAGUUGGUAGAGCAUGGCGUUUGCAACGCCAGGGUUGUGGGUUCGAUUCCCACGGGGGGCCCGUAUAAACUUUUUUAAAAAGAAAUGUAUGCACUCACUAACUGUAAGUCGUCUGCUAAAUGACUAAAUAAAUGAUGGACUGUAAUUUCUCUUUUCUUAUUUGAGCUGUUCUUGCCAUAAUAUGGUAUUUUACCUUUUACCACCUUUUACCAUCUUCUGUAUACCCCCCCCCCCACCUUGUCACAACACAACUGAUUGGCUCAAACGCAUUAAGAAGGAAAGAAAUUCCACAAAUUAACUUUUAACAAGGCACACCUGUUAAUUGAAAUGCAUUCCAGGUGACUACCUCAUGAAGCUGGUUGAGAGAAUGCCAAGAGUGUGCAAAGCUGUCAUCAAGGCAAAGGGUGGCUAUUUGAAGAAUCUCAAAUAUAAAAUAUAUUUUGAUUUGUUUAACACUUUUUUGGUUACUACAUGAUUCCAUAUGUGUUAUUUCAUAGUUUUGAUGUCUUCACUAUUAUUCUACAAUGUAUUUUUUUGUUGUUGAAAAAAUAAAGAAAAACCCUUGAAUGAGUGUCCAAUCUUUUGACUGGUAGUGUAUAUAUAUCGUAGACUACUAAAUAAAAUGUCCAGUGGCACACUGACUCAGCUAAUGAUGAAGAUGAAGCCAUAGGCUACUCACGGUGAUGCCCGAUGCGCUCGUCGUGGCAAUAGCCUAUCUCAAGAUGAGCUACUUUGAAAAAGAAUGCUGCUGUUAGCUACAAAUUGGGAGUUGUUGUGAAAAAAUGUUUCUAUUGGUUCUACAGACAGAUUAGUAUUUUAUUUUCAGCAGUAGGAAUUUGCUUUCCAAACUGUACAUUUUUCCCGCGAUUGUAUUUUGAAAUCUGCAAAAGGCAAACCGACAACCGCAACCAACCAUAGAAAUAUAAUCCAUAGAUUGCAGUUCCCAUUCAAGUCAGGACUGGCAUCCAUUGCUAGUGUACCCAUGAGUUUAAUAGUCAAAUUGUCUGGAAAAGAGGUUACAAAACCCUUCUGGAUUAUAUGUCUAUGGCCACAAGCAACAACCUGUAGCCUAAAUGUGGCAUGUAUGCUGCCCAAACUGCGGCCUUCCCGACUGUAGACAUAACGGUAACUGCCAAAAUAAAGGAAACACUUGAGUAAGCAAGGUAUACAAAGUACAUGUUAUGUACACUUGUAGAAUCUAUGCCAAGGAGCAUUGAAGCUGUUCUGGCAGCUCUUGGAGGGGCAACACCCUUUUAAGACACUUUAUGUUGAUGCUUCCUUAAUUUUGGCAGAUAACUGUAUGUGCUGUAUUAUUUUAUAUAAACUAUUGAUCUUCUGUGGCUAAAUGAUGCUCUCUGGUGUAUUUUGAACAUUGAGAUCGUGCUCCUGUGGUUGGAUAAAAAAUGAUAAUACCAAAAAUAACAUUUUAUUUUGUAUUUUCUUGGGCCUCUACGGGCUUGGGCCCAGCCCCUUAUUCACACAAUUGACCAGUCACAUUUAUUUAUUAUGCAGUUUAUUUUAAUUAUUUCAUUAAUCAGUUACCCAAUCAAGGCAGGGCCCCCCAGUUACCUCCUCUCCUCCCCCCAUCUGAUGAUUAGCAGAGCGGCAGCAGCAGGCUGUCUGAACUCAUUGAGAGCGGGCUCCUGAGUCCUCCUGUGGUUGGCGGUUGCAGUGAAAAAAAUAUAAAAUAUAUACUACAUAUAUAAUACAGUACAUACUACAUAUCAUAUAUACAGUACAUAUUUCCUUAAUAUAUGUUACAGGAGGGGGUCGCAGUUCCGGAGCAAUCCACUAGGUGUCCUCCUCCGACAACCUUAGACACCUUCUCACUCACAGUCUGGACUAAUCAUGAUCCUAUUGGUGUCACCUGUGUCUACCUGUUCACCUGUGUAUUUAUGCCCUCACUUCCCUGUGUUCCCUUGCUAGUUUAUCUAUGCUCAGCAGUACUAAUCAGUGUCUGAUCUGAGAAGUAUGUACAGGUACUCGAGAAGUGUUCUCCCUGUUUCUUUAUUAUUUCAGUCGUAGUUACUAUUUCGUAUUUUGGGUGUCAGCCUGUUUUUGGAAAAAAUUUUGCUCCACCUUUCUGUUAUCGUGUUAAGUCCGUUGUUUUGUAUCCUGGCUUCGGGACCACCAGUAAAGAUCCUUGUUUCACCAUCUCUGUCUACUGCCUACUGUCUAUCCUGCACCGCACCUGGGUCACACCUCACACCUCACACCAACCCUUACACACAUAUAUACAUAAAUAUAUAUACACACAUACACAUAUAUAUACAUAUAUAUAUAUAUAUAUAUACACAGAUAUAUAUAUACACAUAUAUAUAUAUACACAUACACAUAUAUAUAUAUAUAUAUAUAUAUAUAUAUAUAUAUAUACUACCGUUCAAAAGUUUGGGGUCACUUGUUAUUGAAAGAAAAGCAAUUUUUUUGUCCAUUAAAAUAACAUCAAAUUGAUAAUAAAUACAGUGUAGACAUUGUUAAUGUUGUAAAUUGUGGAGCUGUCUCUAACCAGAAUAGAAAGAGGAGUGGGAGGCCCCGGUACACAACUGAGCAAGGGGACACCGGGGCCUCCCACUCCUCUUUCUAUUCUGGUUAGAGACAGUUUGCGCUGUUCUGUGAAGGGUGUAGUACACAGCGUUGUACGAGAUCGUCAGUUUCUUGGCAAUUUAUCGCACGGAAUAGCCUUCAUUUCUCAGAACAAGAAUAGACUGACGAGUUUCAGAAUAAAGUUAUUUGUUUCUGGCCGUUUUGAGCCUGUAAUCGAACCCACAAUUGCUGAUGCUCCAGAUACUCACCUAGUCUCAAGAAGGCCAGUUUUAUUGCUUCUUUAAUUAGCACAACAGUUUUCAGCUGUGCUAACAUAAUUGCAAAAGGGUUUUCUAAUGAUCAAUUAGCCUUUUAAAAUGAUAAACUUGGAUUAGCAAACACAAAGUGCCAUUGGAACACAGGACUGAUGGUUGCUGAUAAUGGGCCUCUGUACGCCUAUGUAGAUAUUCCAUUAAAAAUCAGCUGUUUCCAGCUACAAUAGCCAUUUACAACAUUUAACAAUGUCUACACUGUAUUUCUGAUCAAUUUGAUGUUAUUUUAAUGGACAAAAAAAAUGCAUUUCUUUCGAAAACAAGGACAUUUCUAAGUGACCCCAAACUUUUGAACGGUAGUGUGUGUAUAUAUAUAAAUUGCUGCCUCUUGAGCCCCCCACGGGCCUGGGCCCAGGGGCUUCAGCUCCGGUAAGCCCCUGCAUUAUUCCAGCCCUGGGUCUCCAUAGAUUGAACCAUUAUACAGUAUGUGGUGUUGUUGUUCCUCAGGAAAGGAGACAAGCUCCUGAUGAUAAAUGGAGUGAACCUACAAGACCUAUCCCCAAAGGCCUUCGUCAAGAUUCUGACAGAAGGAAACCCAAUGUUGGUGAGUGAAUGAGUGAUAUAGUUGGAGGAAAGUUCUUAUAUUAAUUCACUCACUAUUCAUGGGUUGCAUGUUUCAUCACAAUAAUUGUUUUGAACGUUGGUUUUGGACUGAUGCCCAACUGAGUGUUCUACUCAACAUAUCGUCAAUGAGCGCCGAUGAAGAUGUAAUCAAACGUCCAUUACAGUGGCUUAGAAAUACAAUGCCAUUCAAAAGGAUGCAAAUAAUUAGUAGCAAAACCUUUUGUCAUCAUUUUGAUGUCGCCAGAUUGUCUUUAGAUGCAGUAUAACUUUAGCUAGUUAGUUAAGAUUGAGGGGAGGACACCGGGUUUGCGCUAGCUACCGUUAGCAUGGCUAGCUAUUUUUCACAAACUUUGCUAGCUAAUGACAACAUUGCCAUCUCUCUAAAAUACAUUUGACAACAUGAUAAGCUGGAAAAAUUGUUUCCUACUAAACAUUUGACUACUUUAGCUUUGUCAUCUUAUUUCCAGGCACUAUAGUGUAGUUUAGACUAAACAGCCGUUAGCUUCCGUCCAGAAUGACUGGGUUUAUCAGGACUUUAAAUUAGGGCACCACCGUUACGCUGCCAGGCCUGGUAAAAAUCUAGACUACUCAAAACCCGCCCACAAGGCCUGAAAACUAGCCCAAUUUUUUUUUUCUCGCAGCAAGAAAGGAGUUGCCACAUUUAGCCAAUAAACCAUUUUUCAACAAUGCUAUCGAGCGAUUUUAAGAAGGAAUAUCGACUUCACUUCUAAAGACCUAAGAAUCAAAAUUCGGUUUUCCUUCAACUAAUGUGACAAGUUAAGGAAUUUUAAAUUGUCACGAGAAAAUAUAAUUUGCCCUUAUUAAACUUCAAAAAACGAAUGUUAGGCUAUUUUCUGGCAAUUGUGCCGUUAUUAUGUGCCAGAUGUUAAGACUACAAACCGUUAUAAAUGCCCUAUUUGCCAGAUUGACUUGUCAUUUCAAUAGGCGUAGGCUAGGCCUACUGACUAAAAUCCAAGUUUAUGUUUGUAAUUAAACUUUGCCAUGGUUUGGUUAGCUAGAUGCAGGCAGCCUAUAGCCCCUGAUAGGCCUACAUCUAAUUUCAGAUAGCCUACAGUAGCCUAGGCAAGAUGUAGGUGAGAUGUAAGAUGAACGAUUUAGCAGCUUGCUUAGUUCAAAUUGAUGGACUAAUUCAUUCAAUACGAAUAGCGAGGCGAUUUCAAGGUAAGAAGUCCUUCCAUUGUCGAAUUGCCUGCUGGAUGGGAUCGUAAUUUCAAUCACUGAAUCAAAUAUUAAUAAUAUGGAUAUGAACUGAAUAGGUCUAUGCUUGUCAACAACAGCCAGUGUUCUUUAUUUUUUAUUUUUUUACUUGUAGCCUAAUCUGACUGACUGUUACCUUCAAUCUAAUUCAUUCUAUUAAACAGCUGAUUGGCAAUUGAGAUAGCGCUGUGACCAUGAUCACAAUUGAUAACUUCCAAUUUCAUUAACUAAACAUGGCCAUUAAUAAUUGCAUAAUAACAUAAGGCUACAACAACAAUAAACUGAAGUUAUAAUGUAGCCUAUUUAUUAAAUUCAGUGGUGUAAAGUACUUAAGGAAAAAUACUUUAAAGUACUAUUUAAGUCGUUUUUUGGGGGGUAUCUGUACUUUACUAUUUAUAUUUUUGACUACUUUUGCUUUUACUUCACUACAUUCCAAAAAGAAGUAUGUACUUUUUAAUCCAUACAUUUUCCCUGACACCCAAAAGUACUGGUUACAUUGUGAAUGCUUAGCAGGACAGGAAAAUAGUCAAAUUCACGCACUAAUCAAUAGAACAUCCCUGGUCAUCCCUACUGCCUCUGAUCUGGUGGACACACUAAACACACACGCUUCGUUUGUAAAUUAUGUCUGAGUAUUGGAGAUAGCCCCUGGCUAUCCAUAAAUUUAAAAAACAAGAAUAUGGUGCUGUCUGAUUUGCUUAAUAUAAGGAAUUUGAAAUGAUAUAUACUUUUACUUUUGAUACUUAAAUAUAUUUUAGCAAUUAUGUUUACUUUUGAUACAUAAGUAUAUUUAAAAUCAAAUAAUUGUAGAUUUUUACUCAAGUAGUAUUUGACUGGGUGACUUUCACUUUUACUUGAGUCAUUUUCUAUUAAGUUAUCUUUACUUUUACUCAAGUAUGACAAUUGGGUAGCCUACUUUUCUCACCACUGAUUAAAUCUGUUUGACAUCGCCAGGUAGUCAACAUCGUUUUCAAUGUAGCCCAAUUUAGAAGGAAAAUUGCAGACAUGGCAACCCUGCCACUGGUAGAGGGCGGCUUGAGAACUUUCAUAACAAUGGCUUGAGGUGACCAAGUGAUAUUUACCAGAAAUGACCAACAAUUGUUUUGUUUUGAAUUACUGUUUUAACCCAUCAAUCUCAAUAUUAGUCAGAGAGAGCGAGAGAGACAGACAGGGGAAUGUGGAGAGAGAGAGAAGGGGGAGAGAUGGAGCGAAAGGGGGAGAGCUAGAGGGAGAGAAGGAGAGAGAGAGGGGAGAGACAGAGAGAGAGACAGCGAUGAUACCAUUGUUUAUGGUAUACAGUUUUCUUCAACUCUCCAGGAAGAAAGAGGAAGGACAUCAGUGUUGACGUUAUUCAGAUAGUGUUGUCUGUUAUCUUCCCAUCUCUCUAGACUGUCCACCAAGCCAGCAGGGCUCCUCACCCAGAGAGAUGCCCAGAGGAGGGGCCCGGUGCUGGGGCUGGGGCCGGGGCUCUCCACCCGGUCUCCAAGGAGAGCACCAUGCUCAGCUUCAGCCUGGAGAUGGGACGAGAGGAUGACCUGGGUGAUCUGGAGAGGUGGGCUGAAUCAAUCAAAAAAUCAAUGAGUCAUCCUAUCAAUCAGUCAAUAAAUCAGCCAUAUCGGGUGAACCGUUUAGAAAUUACAGCACUUUUUGUACAUAGUCCCCCCAUUUUAGGGGACCAAAAGUAUUCACUUAUACAGAAUGUGUAUUAAAGUAGUAAAAAGUUAAGUAUUUGGUCCCAUAUUCAUAGCACGCAAUGACUACAUCAAGCUUGUGACUCUACAAAUUUGUUGGAUGCAUUUUCUGUUUGUUUUGGUUGGUUUUAGAUUAUUUUGUGCCCAAUAGAAAUGAAUGGUAAAUAAUACAUUACUUUUGUGUGCUGUAAUUUUUAAAAUGUUCACCCAAUAUGGACGGAAAUACCCUCAAAUUAAAGCUGACAGUCUGCACUUUAACCUCAUAGUCAUUGUAUAAUUUCAAAUGCAAAGUGCUGGAGUACAGAGCCAAAACAAAGGUCACAGUCCCAAUAUUUUGGAGCUCACUGUACAUUCCUGGAACGUGUGUUGACACAGUGGCAUAUUAUAUUUUGUGUAUAAUGUAUUUUCAUGUUUCCCAAACUCGGUCCUGGGGCCCCCCCUGGGUGCAUGUUUUGGUUUUUGCCCUAGCACUACACAACUGAUUCAAAUAACCAACUCAUCAUCAAGCUUUUAUUUUUUGAAUCAACUUUGUAGUGCUAAGGCAAAAACCAAAACGUUCACCCAAUGGGGGGCACCAGGACCGAGUUUGGGAAACCCUGUUUUAAUGGAUCACUGGCCUCACACAAAGAAUCUCCAUUAAAAUGUAUAAUAACGUCAUGUUGUAUCGUCCCUGGAAAAAGUGACUCAUGUCGCCCCAUGGAAGACCUCCCAGAAGAGGAAGUCAACGAAGUCGAUGGUGAGGUUGACGAUCUGUUCCUGGUGGCUAUGACGAACACCAGAAUCUCCGUGGUGAGGGGGCGUGGCUGCAGCGCCGGGAGCUCUUGUCACAACUGCGGCAAGUCGGAUUGUAACUUCAACGAGGUUGUCAUGGUCGCAGAGUCCAGCAAAGUCACACUGGGUAAGACUGAUUAUUAUUAUUAUUUAUUUUUUAGCACUGGGGGCAGUUCCCACCCCACUUGUAUUUUUGACAUGCUUUUAAUUGAUAGCACAGUGAGUAGAGGGGACAGGAAAGACAGGAGAAGAUUGUGUCAAAUAGGUAGUGGGACGGUUUCAUACCCAGGCAGACAUGAUACAUGUGCACUGGGGAGUAGCAGCAUAUAACCACUAGCUAGACCACAGCAGGCAACCCUUUAUUUUCAUUUAACCAGGGUGUCCCAGGGUAUGUUCUGGUGCUUACUUCAAAGCAUUUAACACACCUGGUUGGUAACCUAGGUAUUCCUUGUAGUAAUAGUGUCAGUAUUGCCAACCCAGCAGUGCUUCUGUAGCCAUGUUGCUCUACUGUUCUAACUGGUUUGUGCCUGGUAUUUAAGAAGACAUUGUAUGGUGACAAUAGAUACUUUCUGGUACUACUUACUCAACUCUACCUGAUUCCAAAUUGUGGGCAAUAGCUGUGCUUGCAGAAACAAUCAUAUUUUAAUUUUCAUAUUUUAUUACUGUAUAAUUACAAUUUAUUCAACUUUUAACUGGUUCCAAAUCGUGGCUAGUGGUGCUUAUAGACAUUUUCAUAUUUUAUUACUGUUAAAUUACCAUUUCAUUACAUAAUUUCUGAGUAAAUACAGGUUAAUUUGUGUACUGUAAAAUACACUUCCCUCAUAAUAUCUCCCAUGACCUUUCUCAGACAGAGAAGUGAAACCCUGGUCAUGAAUACCAUAUCGCAGUCACCAUGUCCACAUAGUUAUAAACUAGACUUGAUCCUUUCCACAUCUCCUCCACACAGUUAUAAACUAGACUUGAUCCUUUCCACAUCUCCUCCACAUAGUUAUAAACUAGACUUGAUCCUUUCCACAUCUCCUCCACAUAGUUAGAAACUAGACUUGAUCCUUUCCACAUCUCCUCCACACAGUUAUAAACUAGACUUGAUCCUUUCCACAUCUCCUCCACACAGUUAUAAAUUAGACUUGAUCCUUUCCACAUCUCGUCCACAUAGUUAUAAACUAGACUUGAUCCUUUCCACAUCUCCUCCACAUAGUUAUAAACUAGACUUGAUCCUUUCCACAUCUCCUCCACAUAGUUAUAAACUAGACUUGAUCCUUUCCACAUCUCCUCCACACAGUUAUAAACUAGACUUGAUCCUUUCCACAUCUCGUCCACACAGUUAUAAACUAGACUUGAUCCUUUCCACAUCUCGUCCACAUAGUUAUAAACUAGACUUGAUCCUUUCCACAUCUCCUCCACAUAGUUAUAAACUAGACUUGAUCCUUUCCACAUCUCCUCCACACAGUUAUAAACUAGACUUGAUCCUUUCCACAUCUCCUCCACACAGUUAUAAACUAGACUUGAUCCUUUCCACAUCUCGUCCACACAGUUAUAAACUAGACUUGAUCCUUUCCACAUCUCGUCCACACAGUUAUAAACUAGACUUGAUCCUUUCCACAUCUCGUCCACACAGUUAUAAACUAGACUUGAUCCUUUCCACAUCUUGUCCACAUAGUUAUAAACUAGACUUGAUCCUUUCCACAUCUCUUCACCAAUGCACCAGUGUCUCUGGCAUGGGUCCCAAACAAUGACAUCAUCCAAACGAAGAGCUUGUUGAGGUUUCCUCAUCAUCUUCAUUGUAUUUUUUUAUGACCAUUUUGUCUUUUUGUUUCUUUCUUUCUCUAUGUGUUCAGUGUCACGAGGAAUGGGCAACUUGGAAAACGUAAAACAGUUGGACAACAUCUUUAUUGAAAACUAUUUCUAUAACACAUACCUUCGGUGUAAACCUACACGUAGGAUGCAGAUUAUUCCUAGUUUGUCAACAACUCCAGGUUUGUUAUAGAAUAAUAUUUUUGUAUUAUGCCGUCAAUUUUCUUAUUAUUUUAUCAUUAUAAAAUAUAUAACUGUGUUUAAUAAACGCUGCAAUGGCGAUUAUGUGCACAAAUAUUAACUUGAUGAUCACGGACAGUCUAAACUGUAUAGUGUUAGAAUGAAGAAUAUAGACUACAGACUGCCAACGCUAACUUUAUCCCAAUGUUUGUGUUGCUAUGAUAAUAACUGAUUAUUGAUUUGUUUAUUUAUUUAUUUAUUUCAGAGAAGAUCACCAUCUAUCAUUACAAGUCUGACUGUGUGGACGGAGAGUUUCGGGGGGUCCCUGUGGUCCUCAACUUCACCAGCUCUAACUGUUUCCUGAAGUGUGUUAAGGACGGAGAGAGAGUCUCUCUCAGUGUUGAGGUGAGCGCAUACCCUUCAGGCCCUCUAAUAGACAUUGGGGUUAGGUGUUUCAAGGCCUUCUAACAGACAUUGGGGUUAGGUGUUUCAAGGCCUUCUAACAGACAUUGGGGUUAGGUGUUUCAAGGCCUUCUAACAGACAUUGGGGUUAGGUGUUUCAAGGCCUUCUAACAGACAUUGGGGUUAGGUGUUUCAUGGCCUUCUAACAGACAUUGGGGUUAGGUGUUUCAAGGCCUUCUAACAGACAUCGGGGUUAGGUGUUUCAAGGCCCUCUAACAGACAUUGGGGUUAGGUGUUUCAAGGCCCUCUAACAGACAUUGGGGUUAGGUGUUUCAAGGCCCUCUAAUAGACAUCGGGGGUUAGGUGUUUCAAGGCUUUCUAACAGACAUUAGGGUUAGGUGUUUCAAGGCCCUCUAAUAGACAUCGGGGUUAGGUGUUUCAAGGCCCUCUAACAGACAUUGGGGUUAGGUGUUUCAAGGCCCUCUAAUAGACAUUGGGGUUAGGUGUUUCAAGGCCCUCUAAUACACAUUGGGGUUAGGUGUUUCAAGGCCCUCUAAUACACAUUGGGGUUAGGUGUUUCAAGGCCCUCUAAUACACACUGGGGUUAGGUGUUUCAAGGCCCUCUAAUACACAUUGGGGUUAGGUGUUUCUAGGCCCUCUAAUACACAUUGGGGUUAGGUGUUUUUAGGCCCUCUAUUACACAUUGGGGUUAGGUGUUUUUAGGCCCUCUAUUACACAUUGGGGUUAGGUGUUUCAAGGCCCUCUAAUACACAUUGGGGUUAGGUGUUUCAAGGCCCUCUAAUACACAUUGGGUUUAGGUGUUUCUAGGCCCUCUAUUACACAUUGGGGUUAGGUGUUUCAAGGCCCUCUAAUAGACAUUGGGGUUAGGUGUUUCAAGGCCCUCUAAUGGACAUCGGGGUUAGGUGUUAAGGCCCUCUAAUGGACAUCGGGGUUAGGUGUUUCAAGGCCCUCUAAUGGACAUCGGGGUUAGGUGUUUCAAAGCCCUCUAAUAGACAUUGGGGUUAGGUGUUUCAAGGCCCUCUAAUAGACAUUGGGGGUUAGGUGUUUCAAGGCCCUCUAAUACACAUUGGGGUUAGGUGUUUCAAGGCCCUCUAAUACACAUUGGGGUUAGGUGUUUCAAGGCCCUCUAAUGGACAUCGGGGUUAGGUGUUUCAAGGCCCUCUAAUGGACAUCGGGGUUAGGUGUUUCAAGGCCCUCUAAUGGACAUCGGGGUUAGGUGUUUGAAGGCCCUCUAAUACACAUUGGGGUUAGGUGUUUCAAGGCCCUCUAAUGGACAUCGGGGGUUAGGUGUUUCAAGGCCCUCUAAUGCACAUUGGGGUUAGGUGUAUCAAGGCCCUCUAAUGGACAUCGGGGUUAGGUGUUUGAAGGCCCUCUAAUACACAUUGGGGUUAGGUGUUUCAAGGCCCUCUAAUGGACAUCGGGGGUUAGGUGUUUCAAGGCCCUCUAAUGCACAUUGGGGUUAGGUGUAUCAAGGCCCUCUAAUGGACAUCGGGGGUUAGAUGUUUCAAGCGAGCUGUAGUCCUCUGGCUCCUUAUCGUAACGGUACAAGGGACCCAGAGGGUUACUCCCUACAUCGUCAUAAGGGUCAUUUUUACCAGCAUUUUCACAAUCAGUAGUGACAUCAUCUUACCUGCCUUCUGUACCGCCAGGCACUAGGCAGCUCAGACAUGGGGUCAUAACCCAUAUGACACGUACGGAGUACAAUAGCACAACUACAGUCAGUUUUAAGGCAUUCACCUACAGUGAGUCAUUCCAGGACCAGAUUGGGUCCCACAUAUUGCCGUUUACCAGAGAGGUCACAAUCUGUUCACCAAUCACCCCUUCACUGGUAAAGGAACCAAUUGCAGCGUUCACCUUGACAUUUACCGAGGAAUGUAUAAUGGAGAUAGCCUUCAUCUGGGUGCUAUGGGCACGGCAGACUCAGUCAAUUCGUGCAACUCAACAAGUUCUUUAAGGAUAGUGGAAAUGUACAGAACAGGUAUGUUUGAGGUUAGUGACUGGGUAUGUUUAGAUGUUCUAGGGAACAACGCGGUGUCAUCGGAAAAUAUAUGAUUCUUAACAUCAACACAGUAAUCGUUAGGGACUUUACAUGUCCGCGCUGUGUUUGUUAACAGCUGGGUAGGGGCUCUCCCAUGUCCAGGAUGCAGCUGAGAUUAGUUCCUUCAUGGGAAACAGCUGGUGGCUUGAAAUGGAACAGUAGAUGUUAGACAGGGUGGUAUAGCAUCUGGUCAUGAGUACCGUUUCUAAAAGGUACAGGAGUGAUUAGAGUCAAGCCCUCAACUUGCAUUGUCCUUACCCAUGACCAUUUCCCAGGCAGUCUAUCUCCAAUAGGAACUUCUACCAUACUUGCAAGACAGUGGAGGCUGCUGAGGGAAGAACGGCUCAUAAUAAUGGCUGGAACGGUCCAAAUGGAAUGGCAUCAAACACUUGGAAACCGUGUGUUUGAUGUAUUUGAUACCAUUCCACUGAUUCCGCUCCAGUCAUUACCACAAGCCCGUUCUCCCCAAUUAAGGUGUGUUGCAAGAAUAAAAUGGGGCCAGGAGCCCUCAACUUUGGGUGGUGCCAGUAAUGACAUGGGAAUUUAACCGAAUGGAGGUGGAGCGCGUCAGCAUUCAGGGCUAGAACCACACAGUUUAUAAUUGGCCUUGUCCGUGUCAUACGUGGUAACAGACCACGAUCACAUGCAGCGUCGACGUUAUCUAUUUACCAUCAAGUAAAGGGUAAAAGUCCACGAUGCUCCUGGCCCUUCUGAUGGGCAUCCUCCUGCUCCAGAACCUCCACCUCCUAGUGGGAGGAAACAAAAACGCCAUCACAGGCGUAGAGGAAAGACAGAGGGGUGAUGUGCUAGCAACCUCUCCCCCUCCGCAUCCUGCACCACUGAAUCUAGAGGGGAGACCCCUACUGAAGAAACCGAAACUCUUGAAUCUAAGGAAUGUCCCCUUAGAGAAGACAGAAGAAGAAGAAGAAGAAGAAGAAGAAGAAGAAGAAGAAGAAGAAGAAGAAGAAGAAGACGUCGACGGGAAGCAAACUCACCAUGCUCUUCACAGGUUGUGUGGAUUGA